AUGUUUGUUAAAAUAGAAAAACAUGAUGCCAAGUAUCUUUUUGACACUCUAAUUUCAGUUUUAGAAAAUCAGGGAAUAGACCCAAAAUUUUGCAGAUGUCAGUCUUAUGACAAUGCGGCUAAUAUGAGCGGAGUGUAUUCGGGAGUACAAACUAGAUUUAGGGAAAUCAACAGCGCAGCCACUUGGGUACCAUGUGGAGCUCAUAGUCUUAAUCUAGUUGGCACAGCGGCGGCAGAAAGCUGCUUAGAAGCUGUAAAAUUUUUUGAAAUUUUGCAAUCGCUCUACAAUUUCUUUGCAGCGUCCCCUCAAAGAUGGUCUAAACUAAGGUCUUUGGGAAGUAAAAUUUCUGUAAAAAGACUUUCAGAGACCAGAUGGUCAGCACGUUAUGAGGCUGUAAAAACAUUAUGUGCCCAUUAUGAUGAUAUACGUGGUAUUCUUACAAAUAUUUCAACUAGUGAAGGUAUGAAACCUACAACAGUGAUUGAGGCACAAACCUUAAUCCAUCAAAUGAAUACUUUGGAGAUGGUAUUACUCACAGUUAUUUGGGAAGAUCUACUAAAACACGUCGAUAUUGUAAAUAAAUCUCUUCAAGAACCUGGCAUCGAGUUUAACACGAUGGUGCGACUUUACGACAGUUUAAUUCAAUAUUUAUCUCACUGCAGAACUGAGGACAUGUAUAAUAGCUAUUAUCUUAAGGCAAAAGCCCUUGCACCAGAUUCAGAAUUUAAAGAAUCCGAAACUAGAGUUCGUAAGAGAAAACGACAGUUCGAUGAAGGGCCAGAUGAGACUCCCUCUCGCAGUGCCAAAGAUUCCUUUAAGAUUAAUGUUUUUUUUAUUGUUCUGGAUGUGCUUUGCGCUGAAAUGACAAAGAGACGCACUGCGUAUACCAGCCUUUAUGACACAUUUAGUUUUCUUACGGAUAAUACACUGACCGAGGACAUUAUCAAGGUUAAGGCUCAAGCUCUGGUAAAAAUGUAUCCGUCUGACUUAGAAGAAAACUUUGUUGAUGAGUAUUUGAUUUUUUCAAAUUUGUACCCCAAAACCACCUCUAUAACGGAUCUCAUCAAAUUACAAAUAAAGGAUAAACUUGUGUCAAGUUUCCCAAAUGUUAAUAUUGCAUUGCGCAUAUACCUUUCGAUAUUGGGUUCGAAUGCAGAAGGAGAAAGAUCAUUCUCCAAGUUGAAGCUUAUAAAAAAUUUUAUGCGUUCAACUAUGGGUCAAGAGAGAACUUCGUCACUGGGCCUUCUGUGUAUUGAAAGUGAUGUCGCUCGCGGCAUUAAUUUUGAAGAUAUAAUACACGAAUUCGCUGUGUCAAAAUCCCGAAAAAAGGAGUUAUUUUUAGGAUCUACUUAG